AUGGCUUCAGGAGAUGUUCAAUCGGAUGAAAGUCUUUAUCCAAUUGCCGUUUUAAUCGACGAACUACGCAAUGAAGAUGUUCAAUUACGCUUAAAUAGUAUCAAGAAACUGUCAACUAUCGCAUUGGCACUUGGUGUCGACCGUACACGAUCUGAACUUAUACCAUUUCUUACCGACACGAUAUAUGACGAAGAUGAAGUUCUUUUGGCAUUGGCAGAGCAACUAGGAACUUUUACCCAACUUGUCGGUGGUGAAAGUUACGUUCAUGUUUUAUUGCCACCGUUGGAAAGUUUGGCACAAGUCGAAGAGACAAUUGUACGUGACAAAGCGGUCGAAUCAUUACGGACUUUAGCACCACAACAUUCAGCAACUGACUUAGAAACGUACUUUAUUCCAACAGUUAAGCGCUUAGCACAAGGCGAUUGGUUUACGUCACGUACAUCGGCAUCAGGUCUUGUUUCUGUUUGUUAUUCACGUGUUUCAAACCAUGUCAAAGGCGAAUUACGACAAUUGUUCAAAAGUCUCUGCCAAGAUGAUACACCUAUGGUUCGCCGUGCAGCUGCAUCGAAAUUAGGAGAAUUUGCUAAAGUUGUCGAAUCCGAAUAUUUACGUCAAGAACUCGUCCCGCUGUUUACAAAUUUAGCAAAUGAUGAACAGGAUAGUGUACGUUUGUUAGCAAUUGAAGCCGGUAUUGCUAUGGCUGCUCUAUUUCGACACGAAGAUUUGGAACAACAAAUGAUGCAAACAUUACGUACGGCCACUGAAGAUAAAUCAUGGCGUGUACGUUACGUUGUAGCUGAUAAACUUGUUGAUUUACAAAACGCGGUUGGUCCGGAAAUAACAAAGAAUGAUUUAGUUGGCGCGUAUUGUUCUUUAUUAAAAGAUCCUGAAGCUGAAGUUCGUGCGGCAGCAGCUUCGAAAUUGAAAGAUUUCUGUAAUAAUCUACCAGCUGACACACGCGAACAAAUCAUCAUGUCACAAAUUUUACCAUGUGUCAAGGAUAUGGUCGGCGAUAUGAAUCAACAUGUGAAAUCUGCUUUAGCCUCAGUUAUUAUGGGUCUUUCGCCAAUACUUGGAAAGGAUAAUACACUCGAACAUCUUCUUCCACUUUUUCUUAAUCAACUAAAAGAUGAUUAUCCUGAAGUUCGAUUGAAUAUUAUUUCCAAUCUCGAAUGCAUCAAUGAAGUUAUUGGCGUUCGUCAAUUAUCUCAAAGUCUUCUUCCGGCUAUUGUCGAAUUGGCCAGUGAUGCCAAAUGGCGUGUUCGUCUCGGCAUUAUCGAGUACAUGCCGCUCUUAGCUGGUCAACUUGGUCCAGAAUUUUUCGACGAAAAAUUGAGCAGUCUUUGCAUGAGUUGGCUCACUGAUCAUGUCUUUGCUAUUCGUGAAGCUGCAACAAAUAAUUUAAAGAAAUUAGUUGAAAAAUUCGGCCGUGAUUGGGCACAAAACACAGUCAUACCUAAAGUCAUCCAACUAGCUCGUGAUCAGAACUAUUUAUAUCGAAUGACAUGUUUAUUUGCUAUUAAUGUCUUAGCUGAACCCUGUGGUCAAGAAGUCACACAAAGAAUGAUGUUACCUACAGUCAUCACGCUCGUCAGUGAUCCUGUUGCUAAUGUACGAUUUAAUGUUGCGAAAACUCUUCAUCGUAUCUAUCCAGUAUUGGAUUCCAGCGUAUUGGCAUCACACGUCAAACCUGCACUGGACAAAUUAAGUCAAGAUGGUGAUCAUGAUGUUCAGUAUUUCGCGAGUGAAGCUCUUGAAAAAGUUAUCGAAGCUUUAUAA